AUGAAACUUCUUGUUCUCUGCAUCAUCAAGUCGGAGCUUCCCCGGCAAAACAAGACGUCGUUUCACCCUUGUAGAUCCAGCGUGCCAUAUUCCUCUGCAGGCACAUUGAAACGAGAUGCGUUGAAAGAGUCAUGUCGCUUCGGUUGCAGUGGAGCUUCGAAAGCAGAUGUAACAGGUGACGAAGCUUUGCGCCACGGCCAGACUGAAGCCGCUUUGCUGCCGCAGGAUCUUCUCUUUGACUCUGCGGCUGCGGCUGUGGCACUACGACGCUUGGUAAUCAAGCAACAGCCUGCAGACGCACCUGUGCAUCCACCGGCGCAUGACAUGUGGUGGCACCAGGCUAUCGAGUGCUACAGGCAGUGCGGUUCCUUCACGUGCGAGCAGGGCGAUGCCAUCGAUGCUCCAGUUGCCGGUCUUAGAGGUGCCGGGGGGAAAUUCCGCGCUUCGAAGAUCAACAUGGGCCGGCCGCCGCACGGUUGUGAUGUGCUCCAGGAGCCCUUGGAUAUGCCGCUGCCUAAUGAUACCUGGGCAGUUCAUGACACCGUUGCCAUUGCAAGCACGAGCCGGGUUGUGCAGUUCAGUCAGCCUGGCAGUCAUAAGCACUGGAUUGCAACGAGCACCUGUGCUGUGCGGAGCAGCACGCCACUAGAUCACAUGACAUGGCUGCUGCACGAGGCUGAGCAGGAUCAAUUUCAGCACCAAUCCCAGAGUAAGAUGACUUGUUCUCCAGAUCCUGUCAAGAGCCAGCAUACGAAGGCCCGACAACCUCCUCCGAUCAGGUUGUUGCUCAUACACUUCGGCUUGAUCCAUCGGACAGCAGAAAGUACACGCCCGGCCGCUAAGCCAUGCGGCCUCUUGUGCAGCAAGUAUACCAGCCUCUCACGUUUCGAUGCCGAGCAGUGCGCCAGUGAGCAAGUCUCCGUCCGGAAGAACCACAGUCAACUGCUGGGCGAGGCGUCUCGGAUCAAUUUGUUUCCUUCCUCUGAGGAUGUUUCGAGUCAGACUCGGCCUUUUGAGUUCGAUGGCGUUUGGAGCUAUUCGUCUGGAUGCUGCACCAUCAAAGCUGGAGAAAUUCGCUGGCAAAGUGGACUGCAGACCUACAUCCAAGCCACGAGCGAUGUUGCGCGCCGGGCUUGGCGUUCGAGAGCCUCAGCUGCGCAUGACGGCUGA